AUGGAAUGGUCCGCUCUCUGGCACUCCGAGUCGCAGAUCGCCUCCCAUCCCCGUCCCCAUCCUCGUCCCCGUCCUCGUCCUCGUCCUCGUCCUCGUCGCAGUGUCCGUUCUCCUCUCGCCGAGCCGGCGGUCAAGCUAGCUUCUGUGCGCGACCUCGUAGCCAGUGCAAGUCGAUAUCGCGCACCUCGUCCCUCGCUCGUGCUCGACGGCGAAUCCAAGUCGACGGACGUGGUCCGAGACGCGCCGUGA